GUCAUCCUUCGUCUCCAGAGUGCCAGAUCGUCGCGAUGGGAGGAGCCUCAAUGGUAUCGAAGGGGAAGGUGGAGGUUGUGGCCGCGGCGGAGGCGGAGAGAGGCGCCGAGGCUGUGGCGGCGGCGGUGACGUGCGUGCUUGUGGUGCUGUGCUGCCUGCUGGGGGCGCGCUACCUCCGCCAGCGGCACCAGUACUGGCGGCGGCGCGGCGUGCCCUGCCCCCCCGCCACGCCGCUGCUGGGGCACACCCUGGCACGCAUGGGGCUCACGCGGCCCUUCACGGAGUUCUUUGAUGAGCUUUACUACGACUACAACGGCCGUGACUACUGCGGCUUCUACGACUUCUUGAAGCCCGGCCUCUUCGUGGGCAACCCGCAGCUCAUCAAGACCAUCCUCGUGCAGGACUUCCAGUAUUUCGCGGACAGACGCACCUUCGAUCUGGCCAAGGUGAGCCCCGUGGCCAACGACAUGCUGACCAACGCGCGGGGGACGCACUGGAGGAGAAUAAGGAGCGCAGUAUCGCCGGCCUUCACCAAGAACCGGACCCGCCGCCUCUACCCCCUCCUUCUGCAGCGCGCCAGUCACUUCCUCCGGCUGGUGCGCUCCAUAAAGCAAGACCAACAAGAACAACAGGACCAGCUCACCCCCGCGCCCAUGUCCACAAUAAGAGACGCCACGGAAGUCGAGACAGUGAGAGGAACAGUCAUGGAUGCAACAGAACCCGGGCUUAGCGGUGCAGAUAAUGCAUGUGUCGAUAUGAGUAAGGAAAACGUAAAACAAAGACCCAAAUACUCAAAGAAAAGGACAGGAGCUGGCGCCUCAAAAGAAGAGGACGCCAUGGAAAGGACAAUAGAGAGUAAAGAAAACGAACAGGAAUCCAAAUACUUCAUGAAAAGGAGAGGGGCAAGGGAGGCAGAAGAGGACGACAAGGAAAUAAGAGCAACAGAGCGCAAAAAAUAUGCAGAACAGGGAUCAAACUAUUCAAGGAAGAUGAAAGCACCGGAGGAGGCCCCAGAGAGCAUAAUAACUCAAACUAAGGAAUUGGGUAUGUCAGCGCCACAGGGAAAAAGGCAGCAAACAAUAGCAACAAGAACAACAGCAACAACGACAGUAACAGGAAGGACAGCUAAGCGCCACACAGCACACACGAAACACAAACAAAUAGAUCCACAACUGAACGAGGAGCUUAGACCCACCUCGCCUGCAACGGACACUGGAAACACACGCGUAGCCACUCCAGCAACACACACGCAACAGAGGGACGAGAAACACGACACCAACAACAACUCAACCAGAAGAUCAACAGCCACAGAAGUUGACACGGAAGCUCAAACAGACAAGAAGACACACCUGAUGGAGACAAACACAGCCGCCACGACACCUCGGAGAAGAAACACAGCCACAGCCACAGACACAGACGCAGCGGACGGCCCGGCAACAAGACACAAAGGCGGCGAGAAGCCAACACAAGAAGAAUUAAAACGAAAGGAUGAUAUCGAGGCGCGGCGUGUGUGUGGACGCUACACCAUGGACGCCAUCGCCUCCUGCGCCUUCGGGUUGGAAUGUGAGGCGCUGGACAAGGAGGCGGCGCUGUUCCCUAUCAUGGCAGCUCGCGUCUUCCAGCUGUCCCCCACCCGCGCCCUCAAGAUGCUGCUGGUGGCUGUGAGUCCUAAGGCGGCGCAGUUGGCGAGCGCUGCGGGACUGCGGUACACGAGCGAGGAGUUCACCUUCUUCCUGAGAGUAGCCAAGCACGCCCUGGCCGCCCGCCGAGCCGCCCGCACCCCUCGAGGAGACUUUCUGGACCUGCUCCUCGAGGCCACAGCGCAGAGCAAGCAAGGCCUGAGUGACGAUACCCUCGCUGCCCAGACCAUCCUCUUCCUGCUGGCUGGCUACGACAACACGGCCAACACGCUAGCUAUGAGUCUACACCUGCUGGCCCACCACCCGCCGGCCAGGGCAAGGCUGCGUAGGGAGCUGGCCUGUGCCGUUCUCAAGUGAGUGAAAAAAGGGAAAAAAUA